CUAUUAUUGUCCAUCCUUGGUUAUCAGUAGCUCAAGAGCGUUCAGGAGGGAGGUAUCAUAACUAGUUUUUUUUGUUUGGUUUUCAGUAAAUGAUUUAAUUAAUGGUUAAUUAAAGUUAUUAUUACAAUUUUGGUGGUUUAUAGUGAUUAGUUUCGUGUCAUUUAAAUAACUUAUAGAUUAUUUUUCGUUGACAUGUGAUUUAGUCUUAUAUAAAAUAAUGUUUAAAUGGAGCAGAAAAGUUAAACUUCUUCUUAUUCUUUCACUAAUAAUUUUAUUUUUACACAUAUACGUCAAUAAUUCAUAUAUAAAUCCUAAUGGAUUAUUCGAAAAAACCUUUUUAAAUGAACCAGAUGUUUCCAAGUGGUACAACUAUAGUGAAGAUCAUUUAAAUGGCCCUUCGAUUCAGAUGGAUGAUCCAAGGCUUGUGCAGAAAUUAUACACCAAGUUCCUAAUACCUCCUCCCUUUCCUCCUAAACCUUAUAGAUUAGAAAAAUCUGAUGAAUCCGAUCCCUCCAUGGGUCAGAGUGACAAAAUAAGAGGCAUACUAAAGGAUAAAAAAAAUGGAGUGUUCCUAGAAGUUGGUGCCCUUGAUGGAGAAACACGCUCAAACACGUUAUACUUUGAAAGGUUCUUAAAUUGGACUGGUUUGUUAAUAGAACCCGAUCCUCUUAAUUUUGCUCAAUUAUUAACCAAGAAUCGUAGAGCAUGGGUAUCUCCAACAUGCUUGAGUGUCAAAGCUUAUCCAGAAAUAGCUUUAUUUGAACAAAACAGCAAUAUGGGAAAAUUAGCCUGGCUAGAUUCGGAAAAUAAAAGUGAGAAGAAUGUUAUUAGUGUCCAGUGUUUCCCUUUGUAUACAUAUCUACUUGCUUUGAACAUGACUCACAUAGAUUAUUUAAGUAUUGAUGUUGAAGGCGCUGAGCUUGAAGUGCUUAAAAAUUUACCUUUUCAGCGGUUAAAUAUUCAAACAUUAUCUGUUGAGUUCGCUCAUGUUCCUGGAGGUAAAGAUGCUAUUGCAGAAUAUAUGUUAAGCCAAGAUUAUGUUAUUGACAGUGAAGUAACAAAUCCUUUUUGGUUGGCUAAUGAUUUUAUUUUUAGAAAGAUUUGAAUUUUUCAAAAGUUAUUGCCUUCUUAUUUGAAAUAGUAAUUAGUUUCUGUUUUUUUAUUCAAACCUUUUUUAAAUAAGUUCUUACCUACUUUUUAGUUUAAGUUAAUUAAAAAUACUCACUUCUUUAAAAUACAUUUUAUUUUAUUUAUAGACAG